CGCACGGUGGUGACGUUUAGGGACCGCGACGCUUCCGGAGGGCUGACUGCUCUGGUCUUGCAGACUAGUGGGAGUCCCGACUGCCAUGGCUUCUGCUGCGGUGGCCCCCGGGCGGCAGGCCGAGGAUGCGUUACCGCCCCCGGGCGAGCCGCCGCUGCCCGAGACGAAGCCUCUGCAGCCUCCGCAACCGCCGUCGGUCGCUGCGCCUCAGUCGCAGCAGUCCCCGGCGCCGAGGCCUCAGUCACCGGGCCGCGUGAAGGGGGAGGAGAAUUACUCCUUUUUACCUUUGGUUCACAACAUCAUCAAAUGCAUGGACAAGGAUAGCCCGGACAUCCACCAGGACCUGAACGCCCUCAGAACCAAAUUCCAGGAGAUGCGAAAGGUCAUCAGCACCAUGCCCGGCACCCACCUGAGCCCUGAGCAACAGCAGCGCCAGCUGCACAGCCUCAGGGAGCAAGUCAGGACCAAGAGUGAACUGCUGCAGAAGUACAAGAGCCUCUGCAUGUUCGAGGUCCCCAAGGACUAGAUGCAACCAGCUUCCAGGGGUGCCUAAGGGGGCAAGCGCUCUGACCCACCUCCUUGGAGUGCGGCUUUUGUGGACCCAGAUUGGGACAUUGCCCGAGAAGCUGGCUUCCCUGGGCUUCUUCGUCCAGCAUGAAUCUGUAUGUCUAGAUGCAUAGUUACCUGAGUGCCUGCUGGUGGAAGAACAUUCCUGGAGGCUGGAGAGGGGCUGGAGGACUCUGCCUCUGCCUCUGCCUCUGCCUCUGCCUCUGCCUCUGCCUCUGCCUCUGGGGAGGCAGCCUUCUGCCACGACUCAGCUCCGCUGGCAGAUCUUAGAGCGCAGUAGGGAAGGAGGCGGCUCCUCCUCGCUUCCUCCCUCCCUCUCCUUCCGCCCCCUGGACACGAUCAAUGUGUACCAGGUACAUAUUGUUCCGUUAACAGCAGUGUGAACAUUUGAAUAGAAUUCACUGGACAAAUUAGGCCUGCACUCAUAUGGCAUGGAUUUAAAGUGGUGCAAGGCAGUGAGAGAAUGUACAUUGUUUUGAAAGACUACAGGGUAGCUUUUUCCCCUGAAACCGGUUGUUUCCUUUUUUAUGUUGAGUCAUUGAGUGUAACUGUGUCUGUAGGGGUUUCAGCCCUGCCAGGCGGCCCCUGUUUCCAGGUUCUCUGCCUCCCAACUGUUCUUGUUACUUCUUUUAGCUCCCUGUGUCUCCUGUCACCUCCAGUCAGCUCAUUUGGCCAUUUAAUGUGAAGAAUGGCCAAAUCACUUCAGACCCCACAGCACUUGCCCCAGGGUUGGAGGGGACUGACUUCUGCAUGGGCUCAGGUUUCCAGGUGAAAACUUGCCUCCAGCAUGUCAGGUUCCUCUUGUCCUCAUUUAAAAUUUGUCCCCCCCCCCCCCCCCUCAGUAAAGAAUCAACCACAAACAUUUACUGCGCUGCAAACAGAGGUGAUCAUGGUGUACUUCUUCAAAGGGCAGCUCUAAGUGAUGGUUCCAGUGGCCCCCCUGGCCAGAUGUGACAGUAUAGUUCUGAGUCAUUUCUGAAGGGAUGGGGUGAGCUAGGCCUGGAAGAUACGCAGCCACGUUCUGGUUCAUAGUGUAUUAUAAACACCCCUCAUUUCUUCCUAAUGGGACAUUUUAUUUGUGUGCUCUUCCCAUGACUGACAGGCUGAGUUCUUUCCCUUGCCUCUUAAGAAUGAGGUGGGAAGUAACCAAAUAUUGUUUAGCUCUAGAAAUGGGCACAUAGCCUGUACCGACCAAUUCAGGGGCUUAACAGAUGCCCGUUGAUUGGCCUUGUUGGCAGGUGUACCGGUUGAAGAUGUUUUUGGCACGGUUUCAUUCGGGCCUGUGUGCAGUACCUGUCAGAUGGCCGGCACGCUGGGAGCUCGGGGCGUGUGAAGGGGGAUCAGGUCUCAGUGACUUCGGACGGAGAGCAGGCUCUGGAUGUCAGUGGUGGUGACCUGUUAGAUCAGUUCUACCUUGGGACUGUUACGUAACUGAGUCAGUUAUUUUCUUGAAAUUUCAGAGUAGUGUGUGGGCCUGUUUUAAGGCUCUGACCAAAUGCUGUGAAAC